AUGUCAUUAAUCAGAGCAGUGAAGGUCACCACCACCAAUAUUUUAAUGUCAACGAAACCAACAACGACAACUACGACUACCACUUCAACAUCUUCAUAUUCAGAUAAUAACAAUGACAAUUACAAUUAUAAUCAUAGUUACAAUACAAUAGAUUAUAAUAGCUCUAAUGGCGAUAAAGAUAAACACAAAGAUAAACAUAAAAGCAAAGAUAAAGGCAAAGAUAAUGACAAUGAAAUGAAGAUGAAUAAUGGUGAUGCUCUGUCUUCUUACACUCAGAAUCAAUGUCGUAGUAUUGUACCUGUAGAUAAUGAACAUGAUAACUAUCAUUUUGAUCACCACUUUGGUAGCAGUGGCAGUGGCAGUGGUAAUGGAAUGAAAGAUAGAGUACAAAAUAAUAGCUAUUUCAAUUUGCUUUAUUUUAAACAUUUACAAUCUAGUGUAAGUGGUAGCAGUGGUAGUGGUAGUGUACCAUUAUCAGCAUUAGCAUUAGCACCAGCAGUAGCAACAACAACAACAACAACUACACCAUUAUCGUCACAAGAGGAAACAACAGAUGAACUUCACUGCUAUUGCAGACGACCAGAGUAUGGAUUCAUGUUGUGCUGUGAGCGUUGUGGCAUUUGGUUUCACGGUCCCUGUGUCGACCUCACCAGAGAGCAAUCGCAACUUCUCGACGCAUUCGUAUGUCCACAUUGCUCAUACGUCAGUCACAUCACCAUCUUCAUCGAGGAUUUUAAAGAGAAUUCAGUGCAGAAAGCAUACUAUAGGAAUUUAGCAAAAGCAAUAACAGACAAUUUAGAUAAUAUAAAGAGUAUAGAAUAUACAGGAAGUGGAUUGAAUAACAUAACAAAGUCAACAACGUCAAUAACAACACCUACAAAGAGAGCGGCGCCAGACGGAAGUGGGUUGGAUAACAUGUCGAGAACACCAAAGAAGCAGAAGGCAAUCGUUGAUGACAACAACAACAACGUGCUAAAGACACCACCCAAGGCGAAGAAGACACUUGGCGACUACCCAAGGACACCUACAAAGAGCAACAGCAACAACAGCAACAGCGAUAUUCAGCUGAAGCAUCCGAAAGACAAAACAUCGAAAUCACCUGCUGCAGCCAGCAAGAGAACGAUAACCAACUAUCCAACACCCAAGAAGUUGCCUGUCAAGAGAAGAAUAUUCAGUAGUAGCGACGAUAGUUACAGCGAUGGCGACAGUAGUUAUAGUGAUAUCAGUGGUUCAGAUUACUCUGAAAGUGACAGCGAUAGUGAUACAACUCCAACCAUGACAAACAACAAAAACCAUAACAACAGCAACAGCAACAACAGCAGCAGCAGUAUCAACAACAAAGAUAAGAAUAAGGUUAAGGAUAAAGAUAAGAAUAGAAGUGUUAAUAUAGCAUUGAAACUUAAUAGGACAAAGUCAUCUAGUUCAUCAUCAUCAAGUUCAUCUUCUUCUUCUUCAUCCUCAAAUAAUUUGAAUGAUAUUUUGAAUGAGAUGAAGACACCACCUCAGAAGGUUGGUGAAACCACUCCAACCAAUAAUAAUGGCAAUACACCGUCGACCUACAAGAGAAAGUGGCCAUUCACUCAGCCAGAAAUCAUACCGACCCCGACCGACGUUUUCAAGCCACGUGACAGAAGCGCCAAACACGCACCAAAGAAAUCGUCAGAGGAGAUCAUGAAGCAGCUAUCACUACUCAAGAAUAUCAAAGAGGAUUCCAAUGCGAGGAAGAAAGCAAUCGAACAAGAAAGAGAGGAGCGUGCUAAACUAUCAAAGAGUAGUAGUAGUGGUAGUCAAAUCAACAAAUCAAGUGAGAACUUAAAUGUAAAUAAUAAUAAUAACAACAACAACCAUAACGAUGAUAAUGUAUCAAGUGGAAAUGCAGGUAGUGUUCAAUCUAAUAGUAAUAAUAAUAACAAUAACAAUAACAAUAGUAACAAUAAUAACAAUAGUAAUAAUAACAGCAAUAACAAUAGCAAUAGCAAUAGUCCACCACUUAAAUCAAGUGUUUCCAAUUUGCCAAAUAGUUUAGACAAUAGAGAUCGUGUUAGACUUUUAUUUUCCAAUUCCUUAUCUAAACCUUUUAAUAAAGAGUUUAUUAAAGAGUUUAAUGCAAGGCAACAGGAAAAGAUUGAUGCCGAAUAUCAGGUGUAUUUAGCGGAUAUCAACGAGAAGAAAGAAAAUCAUGAAAAGCUAAAGCAAAGCAUCGAUAAACACAAUGAACAUUUGAUAAGAGAACACGAGGAAUUGAUUGCCAGUCUGCAGACUAGUUCUCAAACCAUGCAAACACAAACAACAACCACUAAUGUACAGCCACAACAACAACAACAACAACCAGAACAACUAGAACAACCAGAACAACUAGAACAACCAGAACAACCAGAACAACAACAACAGAAUUCAGAUUUACAACAACAAACUUCUCACAUUCCAGAUUGUCCUACUCCAAACGAUAACAAUAAUAAUAUCAAUCAACAAACAAAUACAACACCGGUGAUAUCACCUCAUUUAUCACCAAUUCCAAGUAGUGCUCCUACUCUAAUUCCUCCUGAACAACAACAACAACAACAACAACAACAACAACAACAACAACAACAACAACAACAACAACAACAACAACAACAACAGCAACAGCAACAACUGGUAUCAAAUGACGUUAUGCCAAUGGAUAUAACUCCACCAUUACAGUCACAACCAAUUUCACUUCAACAACAACAACAUCCUCAGCCACUACAAGAAACACCACAACCACCUUCACAAACUGAAGAAUCAUAUCAACAACCAACAUCUGCAAUUGCUGUUGGUAGUGUAAUUCAACAACAACCAGAUCAACAACAACAACAGCAACAGAAUUCAGAUUUACAACAAAUCACUGAACCACAUUCCAUGGGUUGGCCAUAUACCAAUCAAAUUGAUUCUGAAGUCAGGUUCAAUCAUGAUAUCUCAAAUAUUCCAACGAUCAACGAAGCCAUUUUGAAUAUUAUGGGACAAAAGUACUUCUCUGAUGAUAACAUGUCAUUGAGUUCCUCCAUUCAGGAGAUGUUGCCAACCGAGUUUCAAAUCACUACUGACCAUAUCUUUGGUGCAUCAAUAUCUCCAUUCCCAACAUCAAUGGAUUUACAAUCAUCUUAUCCACCACAACAAGAACAAACACAAAUACAACCACCAACACCAACACAAACACAAACACAAACACAACCACAACCAAUGGAAACUCAACAAAUUACUACCCAUGAACAACAACAACAACAACAACAAAUACAUGUAACUCCAUUACCACCAUCACCAGCACAAACACCACCUUCUCCUCCAACUCCACCCAUUCCAAAACUGGUGUUGCUACCAAUACCUCCAUUGGAACUACCACUUUUCAUACCGAAAACGAGAUUGGUCACCGAAGAUCCCAAGGAGAUCAAUGAAUUGGCGAGGAAGAUUGAAGAUCAGCUGCAUGUGUCGUUCCCACAAGACUAUAAGAAUAGAGCGAGAAGUCUGAGUUACAAUCUCAUUCACAAUAAUGAACUACGUGCAAUAGUUUUGUGUUAUGAGAUCUCGGUGAUCGAGUUGGUGUUCAAGUCGCCAGAGGAGUUGGCUCCAAAGGAACUACAGAGUCUGCGUGAAGACAUCAUCAAAAAGUCGAUCACAAGCAUCGUUCUACCGGAGGACAAUGCGGUCUACAUGAAAAAGACAAAGAAAGGUGAUAUCAUGCUUGAGAAGGUGAAGAUCAACGAGGAUCUCAAUCCGAGUGUCUCACUUGGUCCCGCUGCUUCCUCAGAUGCUCCACCGAAACUGGACCGCUCCAAUGAGAUUUCCAUUAGCUACAAUAUCUACGAUGAUGCAGAUCCGCCAACAACAAAGAAUACUUUAACAGCGGCUUCUACUACAUCAAUGGCGCCACCUCUUUCAAGGAGACGAUCGACAAUUUCCCGCGCGAGUUUGUCUUCCGCUCGUUCCUACAUUUCGGCAGUUUCGCGUCGUUCAUCGAAGACAUCGACAAGAACUCCAGCUCGAGAGUGCGUGCCAGCUUCUUGUUGUUGCCAACCGAAGCUACCAAGUCGACCUAUGACACCAUCUACAAGACUCUGA